AUGAAGAACAAGAAAAAAAGUAACGUUAAACAGCGGCUGCACCUCCUCUCUCUUAAAGUGCACCUCACCAACAUACGAGGAUUGCACUCAAAUCUCGUUGCAGUCCACCACCACCUGGAGACUGAGAGGCCGUAUUUACUUUUUCUUACGGAGACGCAAAUUGGUAGCCCAGCAGAUGUAACGUACCUGCAGUACCCUGGGUAUUCGCUCGAACAUAAUUUUAAAUCUCACGCUGGAGUCUGUAUGUUUGCUCGUGAUGAUGUCUGCUGCCGGCGUCUACGUAACUUAGAGAUACCCAACCUUUCCAUCAUGUGGUGUUUAUUGGACACGGUCAUGGAGCAGAUUGUGUAUGCCUGUACCUAUCGGUCGCACAGUGGUGAUCGGGAGACAACUCGGAUGUUCGAUUAUCUCAGUGAGACGGCUGACGUGGUCCAACGUCGGUAUCCGGCUGCCCAAAUGGUAUUUCUGGGGGAUUUUAACGCUCACCACCAAGACUGGCUGUUCCCAUACCAGAAUACCGACCACGCUGGGAGAAAGGCGCUCAAAUUUGCCCUGUCGCUAGAUCUUACCCAGCUAGUCCAAGAAGCAACACGAGUACCCGACGUUGACGACCAUACACCUAAUUGUUUGGACCUUCUGUUGACAACUGACCCAGACCGGUCCUCGGUAUCAGUUGCAGCUCCCCUGGGCACAUCUGAUCACUGUGUGGUAAAGUCAGUAUCUAACUUUCACCCUCUGGAUACAGGUCCUACCGGAACCAGACGUGUGUGGCGAUAUAAGUUGACAGAUUGGGAUGAGAUGCGACACUUUUUUGCAUCCUACCCUUGGCGGCGGACUUGCUUCUCUUCCUGUGACCCGUCGAGUUGCGAACAAGAAAUAUCGGAAGUGAUACGUCAGGGGAUGGAGUACUUCAUUCCAUUUGCUGAUGUAUCACUAGAUGGCAAGAUCCCUAGGUGGCAUAAUGCAGAAUGUGCCGAAGCUGCAGCCCAUAAGGACAGCGUUUGCAGCGUGGGCUGA